GGAGAGGGGAGUGUCAGGAAGUCAAAACAGGCUCUCUGUCUCUCUCUCUCUCAGAGCCUCGUUCAAACAGGAACACAAGCGGAGUCUGAGAGAGCCGAGCAGAGCAGACUGCAGAGAGCAUGCCGGGGAAAAGAGUUUGUAUCGUUGGAUCGGGGAACUGGGGCUCAGCCAUAGCCAAGAUCAUUGGCCACAACGUCAAGGCGUCGAACCGCUUUGAGCCGCUGGUGAACAUGUGGGUGUUCGAGGAGACCGUCAACGGGAGGAAGCUGACCGAGAUCAUAAACAACGACCACGAAAACGUCAAAUAUCUGCCAGGACACAAGCUGCCCAAAAAUGUGAUCGCUGUUCCCGAUGUGACAGAGGCUGUGGCCGGAGCAGACAUCCUUGUCUUCGUCAUCCCACAUCAGUUCAUCGGGAAACUGUGUGACCAAAUGAAGCCUCACAUCAAACCAAGAGCCAUCGGAAUCUCACUCAUUAAGGGAAUAGAUGAAGGUCCUGCAGGUUUGACUCUGAUCUCUGAUAUAAUCAGGACUAAGCUGGAGAUUGAUGUCAGUGUGCUGAUGGGAGCAAACAUCGCUAACGAGGUGGCAGACGAGAAGUUCUGCGAGACGACCAUCGGGGCCACUAAUGAACAGAACGGUCACCUCUUUAAGGAGCUGAUGCAGACUCCAAACUUCCGCAUCACCGUGGUUUCUGAGAGUGACACUGUGGAGCUGUGUGGAGCUCUGAAGAACAUCGUGGCUGUAGGAGCAGGGUUCUGUGAUGGUUUGGGUUUCGGUGAUAACACUAAAGCGGCAGUGAUCCGUCUGGGUCUGAUGGAGAUGGUGGCGUUCUCUCGGCUCUUCUGUAAGAACCCCGUCAGCUCCGCCACGUUCCUGGAGAGCUGCGGCGUUGCUGACCUCAUCACCACCUGCUACGGAGGACGCAACCGCCGCGUUGCCGAGGCCUUCGUCACCGCCCGCAAGUCGAUAGCGGAGCUGGAGGCAGAGAUGCUGAACGGUCAGAAGCUUCAAGGCCCACAAACAUCUGCUGAAGUCUACAAGAUCCUCCAGAAGAGGAGCAUGGUGGAUAAGUUCCCCCUGUUCGUCUCGGUCUAUGAGAUCUGUUUCGAGGGAAAGGACGUGAAAGAAUUCAUCAAGUGCCUCCAGAACCAUCCACAGCACAUGUGAACACGUGGAACGAUCUGGAGCACCGGAUCCUCCUCUACGCAUCACAGGAGGAGCCCGAUCUCUACCAGCUCUGAUUCAGCUGCACCGUAACUCUUACUUACACUAAAGAACCACAGGGGGCGCCAUCCACACUAAUACUGGUACAGUUCAGUCGACAACAGGCUGUUUAAAUCCAUCUCUGUUAGCAUUUAACACCGUUUUAAAAAGUUACUAAUCCUUAUUAAACGUCCAGCCAAACCAUUUUCAGUCUCCAUUAGCAUUUUCACAUGGACUCAGUCCAGCAUUAACAUUUUAAACCCCUCUUAACUCAGUCUAACUGUGCUGGGCCUGAAAGCUGCUGCGUUAAAUGCUGAAAGAGCGACUAACUGGGAAAAGGACCUGCUGCAGACAAGAAAGCCUCACUUUAGUGCACAGAUCUGGGCAUAUUAGUGUGGAUGAAGCCUCACGCCAGUCCAAACACCUCUCGCUGCCGUAGAGCUGCUCCAGAUCCAAGUCCAGGUGAGGACCAAAGACCUCAUCUCCGCGUUCUUCAUGCUUAACGUGUACCGAAGCCGCACUGCACUAAAACUCGUCCGCUCUUAAAUUUCUCAGGACUUUCUGAACUGAAACGCACAAACGAGCUUCUUACAGUCCUGUUCAGCGCUUCACGGCCGACUUCAGCCUCUACUGCCCGGUUAGCACAGUUAGCCUGGUCAGUACAGUUAGCCUGGUCAGCAGUUAGCCUGGUUAGCACAGUUAGCCUGGUCAGCACAGUUAGCCCGAUUAGCACAGUUAGCCCGGUUAGCACAGUUAGCUCAGUGAAUUACACAAUUAACCUGGUUAGCACAGUUAGCCUGGUUAGCACAGUUAGCCCGGUUAGCACAGUUAGCCCGAUUAGCACAGUUAGCCCGGUUAGCACAGUUAAUUACACAAUUAACCUGGUUAGCCCAGUUAUCCCGGUUAGCCAAGUAAGCCCAGUUAGCCCGGUUAGCACAGUUAGCCUAGUUACCAAAAUUAGCACAAUUAGCACAGUUAGCUCAGUCAGCACUGUUAGCACAAUUAGCUGAGUUAGCCCAGUUAUCCCAGAUAGCACAGUUAGCCCAGUUAGUCUUAUGUUUUAUGAGAGUUUAGAGAACUUCAACUCCAUUCAUGGUGGAGGGAGACAUGCAGGGCGCUGUGCGGCAAAAUAGUCCCCAAAGAAAACUCAUUAUUCCAGAUUUUCCACUGUUUUCCAUCAUCAACAUUCCAUAUAAGCUCAGAAGACUGGUGUAGGUUCUCUGGUGGUUCUGGAUGGUAAAUAGUCCCCAGUCAUGCUCACUGGAUACCAGUGAAGAAGUCGCAUUUUCCAUUAGAUGUAAAUCCAUCCUUUGAUUGGUUCACUUGUUCGACAUAUUUUGGCUGAUUCAGUUUAAAUGAUCACGUGACGCACCGUCUGCGCUCUGAUUGGCUGAUUCAUGGGAGGUUUUACAUCGUGCGCCACGACUGACGUUUAGUUUCAGGUCAUUUUAAAACAUAACGUUGUGUUGAAAGUUUGACUGUGCAAAUCCAGCCUGCUCUAGAACCGGGUUUGUUCUUCAGCUGGUCCACUUGCGCCAUACGCCUGCUCUUCUUUACACUAACCUGCUUACUGUUUCCCGCUAAACGAGGCUGUACGACACUAUCGGCUGAGCUCUCAGGGCUGAGAAACGCACAAACGAGUCCUGGCUGCUUUUUAAACCAGUGUUUUUAUUCAAAUAAGCGUUUUACAGUCUGGUAACAGGACUUUGUAAAAUAUUCUUUAAUAAAGACGAAAUAAACGUU